GACCCUCUAGAUUUGCCGUAAAAUUGUUGCCUUGUGGGUAGUAGCCUUUAUAGGCUUAAUAAAACAUCGGAGCUGUUAGCCAUAGCAAUCUUGCUAACAGCCAAAGGUGAAAGAAGUCCAGUGGGAUGAUAUAUUUGUCUUGAACUUGUGCAAUGGAGGGCAGUGCAGAUUCUGGGACUCCCCCCACCCACAUUGCUUUUUCUGGGCCUGCCUCAGAGCCGGAGCUGUCCUGGUCUAGCUCUCACAGCCAAACUGAAAGUGAAGGAACCAUCUUGCUUCAGCUGCUGGAAUUUAAAACCCACCUGCUGGAGGUUGUAGAGGAGCUGCACAUUCGAAGGGACGCAGAGGCACGAUUUGAAGAUCAGACCAGUAAGCUAGUGUUGGAGAAACAGGAACUGGAGUGGGAGAAGGAGUCACUGCAACAUCAAAAUGAAACAGUCACAAAGCAGCACGCAGAGUUGCUCACUGCCGCUAAGAAGGAGUUUCAGGCCAAAUUGCGACACAUCGAAGAGGAGAAGGGGAAACACCAGGCCAAUGCUGAGUUAAAAGAAAAGGAGAUUAACAACCUAAAGGAAGAACUAAAGUCACUUCAGGUAAAGUUGCUGAAAUACAACUUAGAGAAGAAAUCAAGUGAGCUGGAACAGAAACUAGCUUUGCAGAGUCGGACAAAGGACAGCCACCUGAAUCAGCUGGGGGAGGUAGAGAAGAGAUUCAGCGCUCUUUCCAAACAAUGCGCCAUGGUCAAGAAGGCUCACGAGCAGCUGCAGCAAAAUGCUGAUGAGGCCAUGAGGAUAAACCGAAAACUGACGUUUGCCAACCAAAAACAAGAGGCAACGAUUAUGUCUCUGAAAAAGGAGCUGGACGAGGUCAAUAACAAGCUUAUUAAGGUCAAGAUGACAUCAGUCCGCUAUGAGAAGACCCACAGUCAAGCAGAGGGACAGCAGCAAGUGCAGGAGCUGCAGCAGAGGCUCAUCAUGGAAAAAGAUAUAAACAGAAAACUUGAGAAGGAAAAUUUAGCAGAAAGGGCAGAAAAGCAGGAGAUGCUGAGGUCUCUGCAGCGAACACAGGAGCUGCUGCUACGGCAAACACAGACAGUGAGAAGAGUAGAAAUGGAGCUAAAGACACAAACAGAGAGGUUCCAGGCCCUUCAGCACAAACACGAGGUGAUGCGUGAGCAAAGCAAGGCGAUGCAGGACAGGCUGGCCCAGCUGAGCGAGAGCUUCACGGCUUCCAAAAGCCGCUGGGACAAAGAGAAGGAUAUGUUUUUGGAUCAAAUCAAGAAUGAGCAGGAAGACCGACAAUCAGUAGAAAAAGCUCAUGAAGUCCUUCAGCAGAAACAUUCUGAACUCUCCAAAAAGGCUAAGUGUCUGGUUCAUCGCACAGACAAAGAGGAGCUGUUUUCAGCAGAAGUGGAAGGCAAAGGUGAAAUCCCUGUUGAGUGCAUCCACAGCUCUGAGCGGCCUGACUGCAGCCUGCAGGACCUCAUGUCCUCUCAAGCAAAUGAGGGGAAUCAGAAGGAGACAGAAGCUGCGUCUGCAGCUGAUGCCGGAACAACUACAGAAGAAAUGACAGAUAAACACCCGCAUUCACAACCAGCAACUACAAUAGACGACCGGCUCCUCCAAAGUGAUGACCCAGUACCGUCCAGAGAGACUAGGACAACAAACAGUAUCAUCAACAGCUUUGAAGCAGGAGAACAAAAUCCUAGUUCAAAUUUGAUUCCAAAUGAUCCGAGUGAUGCUGCUGCUCUCCAGAGCAAUGUUAACAUUCAGACUGCAUCAAGUCGGAAGUGUGAGAGUCCAGAUAAAUUAGCACAUUUACAGACAAAUGAAGAACAUGACAAAGAAUUGGAAGAAAAUGAAGAAAAACCCAACAAACAGGAAGGCUGUAGCUUAGAUCAUCAGGACGGGGAAGACAUUCGUGAUGAAGAUGUGAAGAAUGAAAGUGGUGUAGAAAAGAUAAGAGAUAAAGAGGCAAUAGAACCACAGGGGCACAGAAAUUUAGAAACACAAGGAAAUGAUCAACCAGAUGGAGACACAAUGAAUGAAGUGGAAUGGAGAGGACAGACGGCCCAGCAUGCACCAGACCAAAAGAUGGUAGCUCAGGCCGGUACAGAUGUGACUGAGGACACGGUCCCUCUGCAGGUCAAUGAGCCAAUGGCUGAAGAGCCGCCUCGCUGUGAGCUCUCAGAGGCUCCCUCUCAGAAAGUCACUGACAAUGAUUUUUGUCAUUUUAAUGAGGAGCACCAGGCUGAUCCGGAAGACGGUCUUCUUAGCUCAGAGGAGCCUCAGCCUCUGGGCCACGAUGCCGUCCAAACUUCAUGUGAGAAUUCUCCGUCACUUCACAAUCAGUCGGUUUGCCAGGAGUCUGACCAGCCUGCGAAUGAAAAUCCACAGAGGAAAGCAACAGAUUUUCCUACCGAAUGUCAGGACAUUUCAACGUACUCACAUCUAAAUGUCACACCGUUAUCGGCUCACUUUCCCAUUGAAACGAGGCGAACGGAAGCUGGAGAUUUUUCAGACACUGAUUCCAUCGUGAAACACGUCGACGAAGCUCAAGUGCAUCAGAAGUCUGAAUCUGUCAAAAUAAACCCAUCUAAAGCUGAACUUCAAAGCCCGUCUGAGGAUGCCGAUCAGAGGAAAGGACAUUUCAAUGUGAAGGCAUGUGAAAACAGCACCUGUACAACUGUAAGCACAUCCGUUAGAACAUGCUGGUUAACAGAGGAGGCCGCGUACCACGACCCUGAAGCACAAACUGGACGAUAUGAAAAGCAAAUGUCAAACGACACACCCAAAGACGCAGCGGAAAAAGAAACUCACCCAAAGGUUUCCAUCCAUUCCAGUCACGAGAGCAACAACUCACUGAAGAUCAGUGAAUCUUCUGUGGCCGGCAUGAAGAAUUACAAUUCUUUAUUUGACUGGAACAAAGCUCGGAUUAAAACGUUGGGCUCUCGAGAAAAGCCAGAUCUACAUCACUUGAGACAGGGAGGCUUUUUUUCUGGACUAAAUUCCGUCGGAUCUGACGAGAUUCAGGCACGUCAGCCUGUCUCAGCAUCCCUGUUUAUCAAAAACAGGCAAAGCAAAGUUCCCCUGGUGAUGAUGAGAGCGUCAGACCUGCUCAGUGCCUCCAGUGGCUCUGCAGACGCAGCUACCUCCAGGAAACGACAUGAAAGAGAGUGGGAAGCAAAAGGAAGGAUUUGCAGUGAAUCCCCAGCAGGAGAAACUAAGAGUACAGCUUCCAUCAGCCGUCUCCAAGAUGUUUCUGGAAGUGUUGGCAAACUCCCACUGCAAAACGUACCAGAGUGUAGCAGAGCUUCCACCUCAGCUUCAGGCCUGAUUUCAGGACCAAAGUCGAACCCGUCCUUCUCUCUGGAGAUGGAGAACCAGCAGACAUUGUUUCGGGAACAGGUCUCCAAGAUUGAACGAUUCCUCAACGCAGAAAGACUCCGAACAUCUAAAAGACAACGAACCGACAACUGACCCAUCGUUGCUCGUACUCUUUAGUAGCUAAAAAUGUCGGCAACGUUUGGGAAGGUUUUAGUUUAACUGUUUAGUUCUGACUCACAUUUUAUUCUUGAAUUCUAUUUCUUAUUUGUGCCUCAGGUUCUAGUUUCUAAAAAUCUUUGUAUAUGUUUAAAAGCAAGUUCGUUUUUUGUGGCAGAGUUUUCUAUAUGUCAGCUGAAAUAGAAAAUGCUUGUUCUUAUAGUAUAAAUGGUUAAUGUGAUUUCAUUGUUAAAUUAGAUGCAAAAAGUGUCAAAUCCACUCACACCAUAAGUUCAUAUCAAACUCUGAGUUCUGUAAAUUGUUUCCCAGAUAUUUACUAAGAAUACUGCAAGAAAAAUCUGUUUUCAGUUGUGAGUUUGACUUUAAAACUGAAGUUUACAAUUACUAAUUAUUUAUAGCUGAGUUAUUGCAAUGAAAUACUAGUUUACAUGUCAUUUCUCGGCAUACAGCAGAUUAAACAGCUCACUGUGAUUACAUACAAAGGCCAGGAACAAUUAACACCCUAAUUAAAGCACUAAUUGUGUCUCAGAGGGGCGCUAACUGUGGAGGCACCUUUGGUCUGCGCGGUGUUGUGUUCAUACAGCUGCUGCUGUCAGAAAGGCAGACAUUUGUGUUUAAACCACAACCGGUUUAACACUAAUUAACUAUAAUUUAGAGAAAGAACAAUUAACAGUAAACAUUCAGCCUAAUUUACAGAAAUCAAUUAGUGAACAUUAAUUAACACACUUUAACAGCCCUCUCAUUGACUUUAUGUCCCCUGAGUGGAACAUAAAGAUUAUGCAGCAGCUCGCCGUACACCUGGAUUACUUUGAUAUUUACCGUUUGGAGGUUUCUGUACACUUUUAUGCAUUCAUUCACUAAAUCAUCUCAAUUUUAGAUGAAUGCUAGUGAAUUCUAAAUGGAUAAAGUAAGAAUAAAUCAAUACAGUUGCUACAAAACCAUAAUAAAGUUAUUUAAACUUAACAAAAAACGUAUUACAAUCAUAUUUAUUCUUCACACUAUAAUAACUCAUUCUAUCAUUAUUACAUCUCAUACAUACUCUUCUGAUUGCAGCUCAUGCUUAGCAACUUAAAUACAUAUAUGGAAAAUACCUUACAGAUAAGUUAGGAAAUGUUUGUCCUUGUCAACGACAGUGAAGCUGCAGCAUGAGGGAGUAAAAGCGGAGUAUUUCUUCAGUUAUAUUACAGUAAAGUAAAAUUUAGUUUUAAUAAACGAAUUACUAUAUUUGUCUAAAUAUUCAAAUAAUAGUGUCAUAAUUAGGUCAACCAAACUCAACACUAUAGGUGUAGAAACAUUUCACUUUGAUAGCGUUAAAAGAAAUUUAGGAGUUUGGGACACUAGGAUCCAAAGCUACUGGAUUUUAAAAAAGGACACCAACAAUAGAAUAAAAUUCAGCUUAAAAACCAGAGCAUCUACAGUGGACCCUGUUAGCCUGAUGAGACAAAAACUCCACCCCCUUUCUUAGUUUGAGCUUUCACAAAAAUCCUCUUCUAAUUUUAAGGACGCAGACUUUAAUGGCAGCACAGGCUCUGCGUUUGAUCCAUCUUACUACACUUACUGAUAAUGAAUAUGCUCGAAUGUUAAUGUCCUCAUAAAGAAAUCCGGAGCAGUUGAUGACUUAGACCAUUGCUGCUGACCCUUAUCCUCUCCAGGAGGAGGGGAGGAGAGGUGGAGGAGGUGCGAAAUAUAGUGGAGUUAAUUUUACUACACUUGUGCACACAAACACAUACAGGUUCUGUAUUUUCGCAGUUUCGGUUUCUCCUCUGGCUUUAUUGCCAACACCCACACACUCCCCUCAUAUAAAGUGUUGGCUCUUUGAAACAGCCAAUUACCCUCCAGCUGGGGAGGAUACCUGCUUUUAAUUACUGCUCAUGGUUUUAUAUGGAGAGUAAAUAAAGAGAUCGCUGACAUUCACAUUCCAUCGAUGCGUCUCCAGGAGCUACUGCAGUGUUUAGGUUUUAUUCCACUUUUAAUCCUUCAUAGAUAGCAAAACCAUUUUGCCUCGUCAUUGAAAAAAAAAUAGUAUAAAUACUGAAAUUGGUUUUAGUUGAAGUCCUCUCAGGUAUACUCUGAGGUGUUUCCUGCUUUUCCUUCAGUUUAAUUCUGUUGAAAUAAUAUCUUGAACAUUUGUCAUAUUUUUUGGACUAUAAGUCGCUCCAGAGUAUAGGACUCAAAACAAAGCA